ACGUCGUCUUGAAUAACUACAAAAGGCCAAGGACAUUAUCGUCCCCCCAAAAAUAUAUAUCUGUCCCCCACCAAAUCUCUCAGUUCAGUGGCCGACUGAGUUUUGAUUUUGAAAGUUGUCCAACUCGCACUGAAACUUUUCCUUUUCCUUUCUUCUUCUUCUUCUUCAAGUCGUUGAAGCUCAGAGCUCUGUUCUGGCUAUGACAUUGCGAGCUUCACGAGUUGCUGCUCUCGCAUUUUGAGUCUCAAUCGAUCAUUGAAUCGGAGAAAGAAAGAUCAUUGAAUCGGAGAGAGAGAUCGAAGAUGUUGGACGGACUCUUAGGCCGAGGCUUUGCUUUCAAAUGUAAGUCGUUGAUUAAAUUGACGAAGGCUCGGAUCGAUGUGAUACGGAGGAAGAGGAACGCGACGCAGAAAUUUCUGAAGAAAGAUAUCGCUGAUCUACUCGUCAAUGGCCUUGAUAUAAAUGCUUUUGGAAGGGCUGAGGGACUUCUAGUUGAGUUGAUCUAUUCGUCUUGUUAUGAUUUCGUUGAGCGAUGCUGUGAUUUGGUAGUGAAGCAUCUGUCAAUCAUGCAGAAACUGAGGGAAUGCCCUGAGGAAUGUAGGGCAGCUGUAUCAUCCCUAAUGUUCGCUGCAGCAAGAUUUUCUGAUCUACCAGAGUUGCGUGAUUUGAGGGAAACAUUUUAUGAGAGAUAUGGAAAUUCUCUAGAGCUUUUUGUUAACCAAGAGUUUGUUGAGAACUUGGCUUCAAAGCCUUGUAUAUUGGAGAACAAGGUUAAGCUAAUGAAAGAUAUAGCUACUGAAUUUUCAAUAAAGUGGGACUCCAAGGCCUUUGAACAAAAGAUGAAUAAACCUUCUACAUUGGCACAGCACCAGCCAAAAGCUUAUGGAUCUUUCCAUGUCAACGAUGAUAAAAGUAAUUUGCCUACUGUGAAAGACAUGAUCGUAAAAGAAGAUAGGCAUGAUACUCUCUUUAAAGAAAGCCUCGACCUUAAUAAUGGCUACAAAGUGCACAAUGACAAGGAGGGUAUUGUCUCGAAAAUGGAUAAGCAGCAGCAGCAUGGAAUCUCUGAGAAUGGAUACAAGUCUUUUAAUGGUAAAGAGAGAACUACCCCAAGAAAGGAUGGACAUGACAUUAUGUUCCAAGGGACUCAAGAAUGUGUUCCUGAUAAACAGCAAGCCUUUAAUCCAAAGGGCAAUGCUCCAUCUAAAGCGGUUAGAUUAGGCAGCUCAUCCCAGGGAAAAAGAUUGGAUUACAUUGAUACUGGAGCCAAGCUGGAUCAUGGUGGGGAGAAUAAUAUUUCUGUAAGAGAUGCCCAGGAUACUUUAUAUUCUGCAGAGCCACGAAUUGCUGACCCACUUGUGAAGAGAAAUGGUAAAGGAAAAUUUGCUGGUGAUAAUAAUGGUGGUCAACAUGUUAUUGCAAGCCCUCAAAACAAGGAUGGGCUAACCCCUAAGUUGAGGCCCUACUACAAUAAUGCCCUUCCCCCUCCUUAUGUGAAAUCUAAUGGCAAAGCGAAAGAUAGGAAAAAUGAUGCCAGCUUGGGAUCUUUGUACGCUGGUUUCGAUGGUAAUGUUGUGCUCAAGAAUUCUUCAACAAAUAACACAUUGGAAAGAAUACAAUUAGGACAUGAUCCUGACCAUGAAAGAUAUCUGGCUGGAACUGCAAGAAUAGAUAGUCAUGAUCAUGAGAAGGAUCACAUUAAUCAGGAUGAAGUAACCAGCAACCCCAUACCAAAACCAAGAUCAGCCAGAAGGAAACACUCAAAAUCACGUUCGCAUCUAACUGACACUGGUAAUUCUGAAGAUGCAGUGGUUGUAACAAGAAGAUCAAGAAGCAGCAGGAGAAGGGAUGACUCAAAACGAGGCCUGCAAACCUUGUUAAAUGAAGAACACUACCACGAUGAUGAAGAGGAGAGGAUAAUUGACAGACUGCUGAUUCAUUAUAGUAAAAAGCCAUCAGCAUAUGAACCAGGAAAAUUGAGAAGGAAGUCCAAAAGUCGACAUGGAAGUCAUGGUGCUUCAGAUGUGGGUGAAUCUCCCCAAGAUGGAAACACAGUUGGACCUGAUGAGGUGCCAGAAAUGGUUAAGCGCUCAGUUUCCCUCCCUCACGAAAAUGCAGGUCCAUCACAGCCAACCAAAGUAUUUACUCGUGCAGCUUCGUUUCAACCAGAAAGGUCAAACGCGGCUAGGCAUGUACAUCCUAAGUUGCCAGAUUAUGAUGAUUUGGCUGCUCGAUUUGCAGCCCUGAAAGGAAGGUAAAGGAUUGAGAAAUUCGAACCUAAACUUGAAUCAUCACAGUCGCGACCCCUAUAAUGGUCUGGCAUUUGGUUCCUUGAGUGGGUUUUUGACAAAUAGUUAUCCGCAUGGAAUAUACUAAAUUUCAAUACAAAUUUCAGACCUUCAUUGUGAAAGUUGUAACAGUUCGUGUAGCUUUAAUGAAUGGAGUAUCUAGAAUUUUGCCAUAGGAAAGCUUGUGAUUGAGAAUUUGAGAUUGAUAUUGCGUAUUAUUGUAUUAGAAAUCUCUGACCUAAAAGCAGGGGUUCCGUCUACGGUUAAUAAUGAAAGUCCUGUUUCACGGUGA